CCAGUUUCUUUGUCCACUCUGAACAUGUUUACAUUGAAUAUUAUCACCACUAUGAAAUGUUUCGACGAUAAAACCAAAACAAUAUAGUUUCAUUUCUGCUGAAACGAAGCAAAAAUGUUAAAGGGGGUACCCUCAUCCAGACUUUCAGUUUCCUCUAUUGUUCUAAUACACCCAAUCAAAGCUCGCCACGUUCCAAUUACAUGACAGAAACGUAGUCCCUCGCAAUCGGUACACUGAGAGAAACAAUUAGCAAGCAAAGCGAAGACCCACAAGAUGAACUGCAUAUUUACUUUUUGUAUUGUUUUGCUUUUCGCCACGCAGACCUGUGCAAAUGACGAGAGUACAAAUGGCGAAGAAAAUGAAUGGUGUUUCAAAGACUACAUUUUGUAUGCGUUAGCUGCUGUAGUUGGAUGCACUGUAACCGUAGCUGCGUCUCGAUUUGGACUAGCCUGCGUAGGCGCCUGGAUAGGGUUCACAGCUGCGGGAGAAGCUGCAAAUCCAAUCGCUAUUUUGGUCCAAUGUGUGGUAGAUGGAGGCGCUAUGACCGCUACAAUUAUAUUUGCAGUGCUACAAAACAUUGUAUACAUGGCUGGUGGAUCAAGCACGAGGGCGGGCUUGGUUGGUUUCAUAACUGUUGCCGGAUUCGCCUUAUGGUUAAUGUACCCCAGACAGUAACUUAUGGAGUUAUCACUUCCUUAGCAACGCAUACGUGAUGCCAGCCAGUUGGCUUGUAACCUGUUAGAACUCUAAAAAGAAAGAUUCCGUUCAAUUUGCAUAUAAUGUGAGGCUUAAUUUUGAAAACAGAUCAGACGACUCCAGCGUAGCCUAUCGGUCGGUAACUUUGUACACGUGUAUCUUAGGGACCAGCAAGGGUCUAUUUGUUUGUUGUUAUCCAGUGAAACUCUAUGAAGUAAUGAACACCAAUCAUCCAAUAAAUUUCGACCUUUUUCAUGGAAAUGA